UAGUAAAUAGUGAACGGCUAUCACGGCCUGUUUGACCCAGAUUAACCCACCAUACCAUCAACAAAUAUAUUCGACGUUAAGGGAUAAUUUUUGUUUUGUUGUUUAGUGGCCGCUUGACCGUUCAAACUUGCGAAAGUUUCGUGAAUUUAUGAUGAAGGUUUUGCUUGCGAUUUUCUGUCUAGUGCUGUCGGUGUAUGGGGGCCACUACAUUAUACCGGGAUCGCUCCCCUACGACGGCUACCAUGACCUACACCUGCCCCACGACCCCCCUCUGUACCCCACGCUGGCCCGCGUUCCACAAACGGGUUUCACGUGUGCCGGGCGCCACUACGGGUACUACGCCGAUGUAGCAAGCGGAUGCCAGGCCUAUCACCUCUGCGAACAAAACACAGCAGCGUCGUUUCUGUGCACCAACGGGACCUUGUUUAACGAGCAGUUCCAAGUCUGCGACCAGUUCUACAAUGUCAGAUGUGGCUCUCCUUAUAUAGAUUUGUAAUAAAUUAUUUAUUUGAA